AUGACCUCAACAAAGUAUAUUUUAAUCCUCACGCAUUUAAUUGUUUGCAUAAGUUUAAUUUCUUCACAGUCUGAACAAGAAGACUCGACAAAUUCAAUUAGCGGCACUGGACGACUACUUUCUCUGAAUCUUCGUCAGCCCAAUAAAAACUAUCAAGCAUGUACAACUCCAUCCGGUAAAAAGGGACAUUGCAAGCACAUAAUGCAAUGUAAGACGAGCGAUAUUAAAAAUAACGUAUGGAAGUUUCUUGAUUACUUGUGCAUCAUUGAACGGAGUGCAGUUGGUGUUUGUUGUCCAGAUGAUUUAUCAGAACGUAAUAGUCAAUUUGCUGUUGAUCUUCCCGCUUCAGGUGAUAGUCGUGUUGAGCCAUGGCAAGUACAAGAAGAGGAAGGAGGUGAUGAGAAUGCAAAUGAGGACGAGAACCAAGAUCGUGGAUGUGGCGUAGCAACAAAUCAGCAUCCAAAAAUUACAGGUGGAGACAGCGGAGGACCAUUGAUGAUUCAAUUACCAAAUGGAAGAUUUACAGUAAUUGGAAUCGUAAGUUGGGGUGUAAGAUGCGGUGAGCCUGACCACCCAGGAAUCUAUACUCGCGUUUCAAGUUACAUAAAUUGGAUAAUUGAGAAUGCUACUUUUUAA